AUGUACCACUCAGAUCUGAGACUCAAACUGAUCUGCUUCCUGUGCUGGAAGAUCUACACCGACCCUGUAACCCUGCCCUGCGGCCAUAACAUCUGCCUGCGCUGUAUUGGGGGAACAGGGGGAGAGCGGGGGGAGAGGGGAGAAGAUCCUUCCUGCCCUGAAUGCAAACAGACAUAUGAGAUACGGCCUGAACUGAGGAAGAAUGUGACUCUGUGUAACAUAGCGGAGUGUUUCCACCUUUACACAAAGCCCAGGGCCCCCCCUGUACCUGCAGUGAAGCGGGGUUCAUAUCUAACCUGCCCCCUGUGCCAGCUGAUCUAUACCGACCCUGUAACCCUGCCGUGUGGCCAUAACUACUGUCGGGUCUGUAUUAGGGGAACAUGGGAAAAGCAGAGGAAGAAGAGGGAAAUUCCUUCUUGCCCUGAAUGCGGAAAGACAUACAGUAAACACCUGGAACAGUUCAGGAACACCAAUCUGGGGAACAUUGUGCAGAAGGUCACUCUGAGGAACACUUUCCUUGUUGUCUUCUGCACUUACUGUAUCCACUCAGCAGAACCCUCAGCCGUACCAGCAACUAAAUCCUGCCUGCACUGUGCCACCUCUCUGUGUGAGCGUCAUGUGACAGAGCAUAGCCAAUCAGCAGAACAUGUAUUAACUGACCCCACCAGAAGAUGCUCCGCCCACCAGGAACUGCUGAGAUAUCGCUGCACUAAGGAUGGGGCCCGUGUCUGUGUGUCCUGCUGCCUGGCUGGGGAGCACCGGGGCCAUGGGGUGGAGCUGCUGAAUGAGGCUUCAGAGAUAAGAAAUAUUCAAGCCAAACUGAGCUGCUCCAUCUGCCGUAAGGUCUACACCGACCCUGUAACCCUGCCCUGUGGCCAUAACUACUGCCUGCGCUGUAUUGGGGGAACAGGGGGAGAGCGGGGGCAGAAGGUGGCCAGUCUGUCCUGCCCCAAAUGUGGCGAGAGCACGAGAGAGAUGGAACUGAGCAAGAACCUGACACUGUGUCACAUAGUGCAGUUACUCCCGACUCCCCCUGAGCAGCCGGACCCUGCUGAACCCCCCGCUUCCUUUGGGCACAGAAACUGCUCCGCACAUGGGGAACGGCUGAGAUAUCGCUGUACUGAGGAUGGGGCCCCUGUCUGUGUGUCCUGCUGCCUGGCUGGGGGGCACCGGGGCCACAGGGUGGAAAUGUUCCCCAAGGGGCAGGAGUAACUAGGAAGCAUUUUGGCAUCCUGGCUCCAGAUAUACAGAUAAUGAUGAGUGGGGCAUUUGAUUAUAAGGAUAUUAGCAGUCACUGAGGGGUUCUGUGCCCCCCAUAUAAAGGCACAAGGCUGCAGGCUGAGU